AUGGUGAAAGGCGCUGGCGCUGAGAUGGCUCUGGAUCAAAACAAGCCUUUUUUCCACGAUGACCUACUUGCCGUCGGCUCUUUAUCGCCGACAUACGAGCCGCUCGCACUGGACCAUGGUACCCUGCGGUGGACAGAGGAUUUGGACUGA